GAGGCCAUCAUUGACCUCGGGAAGACCAGCUCCACCACCAACACCAACUAUGAGACGGAAGACCUGGAGAGCCACAGGGCGGUCUAUGUCGGGGUCCAUGUGCCGCUGGGCCGGGCGAGCAAACGCAGGCACCACCGCAGAAGCCACAAACACCACCGCAAGAGGCGGGAGCGGGAGGAGGACCGCGAGGAGGAGGACCCCACUUAUGACACACCCUCCCAGCGGGUGCAGUUCAUCCUGGGUACCGAGGAUGAUGAUGUGGAGCACGUCCCCCAUGACCUGUUCACCGAGUUGGACGAGCUGUCUUUCAGGGACGGGAGCGCCACUGAGUGGAAGGAGACCGCCAGGUGGUUGAAGUUUGAGGAGGACGUGGAAGAUGGAGGGGAGCGUUGGAGCAAGCCCUACGUGGCCACCCUGUCUCUACACAGCCUGUUUGAGCUGAGGAGCUGCAUCCUCAACGGCACCGUCAUGCUGGACAUGAGGGCCACCUGUAUCGAGGAGAUUGCAGACAUGUUGAUUGACAGCAUGGUGGCGUCUGGCCAGCUGAAGGAGGAGCUGCGUCAGAAGGUGCGUGAGGCCAUGUUGAAGAGACACCACCACCAGAACGAGAGGAAGCUCAGCAACCGCAUACCGCUGGUGCGAUCAAUCGCAGACAUAGGCAAGAAACAUUCAGACCCGUUCUUGCUUGAGAGAAAUGGGCCACUGAUAUCCACGCACUCUGUCCCCAGUAACCUGGAUAGCAGCAGCAAGGCUGGAGACAGGAGGCCCUCCAAAGCUGGGGUCAGUAAAGAUAAGAGCAGUGUGGACUUCAGCAAGGUGGACAUGAACUUCAUGAAGAAGAUUCCUCCGGGCGCUGAGGCGUCCAACGUGCUGGUAGGUGAGGUGGACUUCCUGGAGAAGCCCAUCAUCGCCUUUGUACGCCUGUCUCCCGCCGUCCUCAUCACAGGGCUCACGGAGGUGCCCGUGCCCACCAGAUUUCUGUUCCUGCUACUGGGUCCACACGGGAAAGGCCCUCAGUACCAUGAGAUUGGCAGAUCCAUGGCCACACUGAUGACAGAUGAGAUAUUCCAUGAUGUGGCGUACAAAGCCAAAGACCGGACUGACCUGCUGUCUGGGAUAGAUGAAUUUCUGGACCAGGUGACAGUUCUGCCCCCAGGAGAAUGGGACCCCACGAUACGAAUCGAACCCCCCAAGAACGUCCCAUCGCAGAUGAAGAGGAAGAUGCCCUCCCAGCCCAAUGGGUCGGCCUCACCCUCUGGGGAGAUGUUGGAGGAGGAUGAAGGCCACGGAGCUGGGCCCGAGCUGCAGAGAACCGGACGGAUCUUUGGAGGCCUGGUGAUGGAUAUAAAGCGGAAGGCCCCGUUCUACUGGAGCGACAUCCGGGACUCGUUGAACCUGCAGUGUCUGGCCUCCAUCCUGUUUCUCUACUGCGCCUGCAUGUCCCCUGUCAUCACCUUCGGAGGGCUGCUGGGCGAGGCCACAAAGGGCAACAUAAGUGCCAUAGAGUCUCUGUUUGGGGCGUCCCUCACAGGAGUGGCUUUCUCUCUGUUUGCGGGGCAGCCCCUCACUAUCCUGGGCAGCACGGGGCCUGUCCUGGUUUUCGAGAAGAUCCUCUUUAAGUUCUGCAAGGACUACGGCCUGUCCUACCUGUCUCUGAGGACCAGCAUCGGCCUGUGGACGGCCUUCCUCUGCCUGGUCCUGGUGGCCACAGACGCUAGCUCCCUGGUCUGUUACAUCACCCGCUUCACAGAGGAGGCCUUCGCCGCUCUCAUCUGCAUCAUCUUCAUCUACGAGGCCCUGGAGAAGCUCUUCCAGCUGGGGGAACACUACCCUGUCAACAUGCACAACGAGCUGGACAACCUCACACUCUACUCGUGUCAGUGUUCUCCACCGGCCAACGCCUCCGCUCAGAUCUUGCAGACGUGGAACCAGACCGGACACACACCAGACUCUAUCUCCUGGAACAGCUUCAACGUAUCGAUGUGUAACCUGCUCCAUGGAGAGUUUGCUGGUCCUGCCUGUGGUCACCACGGCCCCUACAUCCCAGAUGUCCUCUUCUGGUCCAUCAUCCUCUUUUUCACCACCUUCUUCCUCUCCUCUUUUCUCAAGGACAUCAAGACCGAGCGAUACUUCCCUACAAAGGUGCGCUCUACCAUCAGUGACUUUGCCGUGUUUCUGACCAUUAUGAUCAUGGUGCUGGUGGACUAUCUAAUGGGCAUCCCCUCUCCUAAACUCAACGUACCCGACCGCUUUGAGCCUACCUCCAAGCAUCGCGGCUGGCUGAUCUCCCCGCUGGGCACCAACCCCUGGUGGACCCUGCUGGUGGCGGCGCUGCCCGCUCUGCUCUGCACCAUCCUCAUCUUCAUGGACCAGCAGAUCACUGCCGUCAUCAUCAACCGCAAGGAGCACAAGCUCAAAAAAGGCUGUGGCUACCAUCUGGACCUGCUGGUGGUGGCGGUAAUGCUGGGUGUUUGCUCCAUCAUGGGCCUGCCCUGGUUCGUAGCCGCCACCGUGCUCUCCAUCUCCCACGUAAACAGCCUCAAGGUGGAGUCGGGCUGCUCGGCCCCAGGAGAACAGCCCAAGUUCCUGGGCAUCAGAGAGCAGAGAGUCACCGGCUUCAUGAUCUUUGUCCUCAUGGGCUGCUCUGUCUUCAUGACCUCCGCACUCAAGUUCAUUCCUAUGCCAGUGCUAUACGGGGUCUUCCUCUACAUGGGAGUCUCUUCACUCAAAGGCAUUCAAUUCUUUGACCGUAUCAAGUUGUUUGGUAUGCCAGCCAAGCACCAGCCUGACCUGAUCUACCUGCGCUACGUUCCCCUGUGGAAGGUCCAUGUAUUCACCCUGGUGCAGCUCACCUGCCUCAUACUGCUGUGGGUCAUCAAGGCCUCCGCAGCCGCCGUCGUAUUCCCAAUGAUGGUGCUGGCCCUCGUCUUCAUUCGGAAGCUUCUCGACUUUUUCUUUACCAAGAGGGAGCUCAGCUAUCUGGACGACUUGAUGCCCGAGAGCAAGAAGAAGAAAGAGGAUGACAAGAAGAAGAAGGAGAGGGAGAAACGGGAGGCCCAGGCUUUAUUGCUCAUAGAAGAACAGGUGGGCGUGAAUGCUGUGAAGGUCCAUUAUGACGGUGGGAACCUGCUCAAGAUCCCAGUCAAAACUCUCUCAGGGAGCUCAUGUGACCUCGGCAAUGUUAAUAUCUCUGAGGAAAUGGCCAAAAGCGGGGCAUGCAAAGCAGUGGCGAUGAGCGCCGACUUCGGCCCAUCUAUGAAGCGUAGCCAAAGCCAGGAGAAGGUGGCCUGUGUUAGAGUCAAUAUGGACACCACCGAGGCAGGAGGGCAGAGUUCAGCCUUGGAGACGGCCUUGUGA